GUUCAAAAUAUGUUCCUGAAAUUAUAGGUGAUAAUUACAAAGUCCACAUGAAACUGACCAUCAACUAUUUAGCCCCUGAAGAUUAUGGCAUUUACAAAUGUAUAUCAAAAAACUCUUUGGGGGACAUGGAAGGUUCUGUCAACGUGUACAAAAUACCCCAUCCUAACGUGGCAGUGUCAACCAAAAUGAAAAGUGCGGCUCACGAUAAAACCGUGGACCUGACUUACGACGCAGAGACGGGCAGCACGAACGGAGCAGGUCAGAAAGGAAAGCCUGGGAAAUCCGGAAAAACGAUCAGUUCGGGCGCCAGCGACACUAAUCAUUUCCACGCCAUUGAACGUGGGAAGUUUAUUGGGCUAAUGUUCCUAACCUCCAUCUUCGCCCGUGUCAUAUGGUUCCAGUAAUGUAGAAAGACGAAAAAAGAUUUUUUUAGAAAAUAUAUCCCAUCUUGAAGACAAAGGAGAGCAUUUUCAAUGAGAACAAUAUCACAAAGUUAUUUUGUGUAUUAAAUUACUGAAUUUAGAUGUGACAAUAUUAAAAUAUUGUCAGAUUAUUUCAACAUACAACAGUGAACUUGUUUUAGCAAUACUCGGUCAGGACGAAUUGUCAAGCUUUAAUUAUACAACAUUUUUACUAAUCUGUAUUUUUUCUGUCACAAUGCUUAACUAAAUAUGUUGCAAUUAAUUUAGUUAAUACAAAUACUUCAAUUGUUGAAAUAUAUAUUUGUAGAUUCUCUUUCUGUAAUAUAAGGUUGUUGAGUUUAAUUUUUUACACUAUCAACAAUAUUUAAAAAUUAACAAUACAAUGAUAUAAAAAUAAAAGAAGAUCUCUUAAAUAUAUAAAAAAUAUUUAUUAUUAAAAUGUUAUCAGUACUAAUAUAUACUGACAGGCAUGAAAAACGAGCACCUUAAAAUUUUGAUGUAUUUUAAAGUUUAAUUUAUUUAUUCUAA